AUGGCCCUGAAGGGACUUUUUCGCCUUUUGCUAUCGCAAACUUUCUCUCAAGCCAAACUGUCUCGAUCAACUGCUGUCCGAAGACUCCGAAUCAUGGACUGGCUAGGACACGCCAAAAUCAACUUCACACACGCGCCUUCCCCUGUGGCUCUCAAGGAGAGGGAUGGCGCCCAAACUGACCUCCUCAAAAUUUGUGAAAAGAUCACGCCGCCAUGCCACAUGAACCCGCUCCUCUUCAACGGUCACUUGCAGACCAUGUGGACUGCCACGAAGCAGCACGGCCCACCAGUGUACUAUCGUCGUAAGGUCUUCCACGCCGACGACAAGGCCUUCGAAGGCACGUUUGCCGUCGACUUCGUAGCGCAGCCCUUCGAGGAGACCGAUAGCACCUUACCGCCGCGGACGGUGUACUUUGAGGACCAGGAGUUUGAGACUCUGGCAUCGGACGACGACCGGCCCCAACUGGUCGUUCUCCACGGCCUCUCGGGUGGCUCUCAUGAGAUUUACCUGAGACAUGCCAUUGCGCCGUUGAUCGACUCGGGGAACUGGGAGGUGUGCGUGGUGAACUCGAGAGGAUGCGCCAACAGCAAAUUCACGAGUGGUAUCUUGUACAAUGCUAGAGCAACAUGGGACUUCCGUCAGUCAGCCCAGACCAUCAAGUGGUUGAGAAAGAAGUUCCCCAACCGCCCUCUGUUUGGCUUGGGCUUCUCACUCGGCGCCAACAUGUUGACAAACUACUGUGGCGAGGAGGGCGUUGACUGCCAGUUGACGGCCGCUAUCGCGUGCUCCAACCCCUUCAACCUUGAAGUCUCCAACAAGGCAUUGAAGCGCACUUUUCUUGGGAGAGAGGUCUAUCAACGAGUUAUGGGAACUAGCAUGAAGCAGCUGAUCAAUGGACACAAGGAGGAGGUACAGAAGCACACGAACCUCGACCUUGAACGUCUCCAGAACGUGACGUACCUAUGGGAGUUUGACAGAGAAGUCCAAUGCGUCAGCUGGGGCUACCCCACAGAGAGUGCUUACUACCGCGAUGCGUCUUCCUGCGACGCGGUCUUGGCCAUCCGGAUCCCCUUCCUCGCCCUGCAUGCUACCGACGAUCCUAUUGCAGUAGAAGAAGCCAUCCCUUACGAGGAAUUCAGCAAGAACCCGUACACGGUUUUGUGCACCACCUCCUUGGGCGGCCACCUUUGCUGGUUUGAGCCCGGAGGCGGAAGAUGGCAUGCCAAGCCGGUCUCAAACUUCUUUAACCACAUGGCGUUCAACGUGGACCACAGCCAGCUACCUCCGAAGACCAAUGGACUUCCACCUAGGAACGGCAAGUCAGAGUUCCACUUCACCCCUGCGAGACACAGAAUGGAGAUCAAGGCAGCCGCAGAAUAG